AUGUCUGCGUUAAUGGUGGAUCAAGAGCUGGACAAUCCAGGCUCUCAAGGCUACAAGGUCCAGCUUGUGGCUGUGACAGAUAUCCAGGCCAUCGCCGACCAGACUGGCAGCGAACAUGAAGCGUUCCAUCAGGCAGUUGAGCAGCACCACCAGACGCUCCCUCGAUUCAAACUGUCACAGCCUCCCACUCGACGCCAGUCUAAUGAAGGCGACCCAAGCGAACCCAACCCACCACAGCACGUCAACGAUACGGUAGAACGGUUCACUUCGACGCUGCAGCAGUACUCACAGCGGAUGGCGGAGCUCGCACUUACGCGUAAUGGACGACGGCUGAAGUCUACAGCGACGGUGAAACUUCAUAUCCAUUACCACUUGUGCUACGGCUCGGCAUAUGCAAAGUCAGCUUUACAGAUACUACUGGACAUCCAAGCUCUCAUGCUCCAGUCGGAAGCUCGCGAAGCUCGAGUGGACGACUUAGCAUGGGCACCCUCCGCCGAAGGACUCACUGCUGCCGAUCGUCUGCGGCAGAUACUGUCCAGGACGUGA